AGAUACAUGGGUGAAAUCAAGGUGCGGAAUCAAACAGAGGUGACUGAAUUUGUCCUGUUAGGACUCUCAGACAAUCCCAAACUUCAACUUAUCCUCUUUGUCAUAUUCCUCUUCAUCUACACAGCCACCAUGGUGGGCAAUUUGGGCAUGAUCCUGUUAAUCAAAAUUGAGCCUAGACUCCAUACCCCCAUGUAUUUCUUCCUCAGCAAUUUGUCUUUUGUGGACUCAUCUUACUCCUCUUCAAUCACUCCCAAGACGCUGGUAAACCUCUUGGAUGAGAACAAAGCCAUCUCCUUCAAUGGUUGUGCAGCUCAGUUUUUCUUCUUUGGCUCAUUUGUGGGUAUUGAGUGUUUCCUCUUAGCAAUCAUGGCAUAUGAUCGCUAUGUGGCCAUCUGCUAUCCACUAUUAUACUCUGUUAUCAUGUCAGAAAGAAUUUGUCUCAUGCUUGUCAUUUCUGCAUUUUUGGGUGGUUUUAGUAAUGCAGCUGUUCAUACUGGUAUGACCUUCAAGUUGUCCUUUUGUGGCUCCAAUCUGAUUAAUCAUUUUUACUGUGAUACACCACCCCUCCUGAAACUCUCUUGUUCAGAUACUUAUAUCAAUGGGAUGCUCAUCAUGAUUUUCUCCAGCUUCAUUGUCAUCAGUUGUGUAUUGAUGAUCCUCAUCUCUUACCUUUUUAUCCUUGUCACCAUCUUGAGGAUGAGGUCUGCUGAGGGUAGGAGCAAAGCUUUCUCCACCUGUGCCUCCCACUUAAUGGCUGUCACCAUUUACUUUGGGACCAUUCUUUUCAUGUAUUCACGUCCCACCUCUAGUUACUCAAUGCAGCAAGAUAAGGUAGUCUCUGUAUUUUAUACAGUGAUUAUUCCCAUGCUCAAUCCCUUUAUAUACAGCUUAAAAAACAAAGAUGUGAAAGAUGCCCUGAAGAAGGUUUUACAGAGACAUAUGACUUAG